AUAGCGCUUUAGUACAGAUUUAUUGUAGUAUAGAUUUAUCACUACUGCAAUGAAGUGCUUUUCAUUUACCUUAUUUGUGACGCUUUUUGCUCUCGUCAUCUGUUUUAAUCCUGCUUGUUAUGAGCCCCAUGCGGUUACUGGACCCUGUAAUGCAGCUUUCCCUAUGUGGACCUACAACCCGGUAAUAAACAAAUGCAUAGAGUUUACCUACGGCGGAUGCCACGGAAAUGCGAAUAGGUUCGAUAGCAAAAUAGAAUGUGAACUAAACUGCCUUAUUAGAUUCCCGUAUGGACAAUGAUGGAAAAUUAUGGAAUAUGAAUUUCGCUCAUGCUAAGAAACGAAAUCCAAUAUUGCAUAAAAUUUCUCAGUUUGUCAAAUAAAAUCUCUGCAUUUAUGAA